AUCAAUUCAAACGUUGGUCAAUUAACAAGUAAACUUUAUUUAAUUGCAUCAAUUCUGUUGAACACAAUUAUUUUGAAGCUUAUUUUUUGUUCAAAAAUGCGUUUGCGACUUACAACAGCAUCAUUAUGAACAGCGUGUUUUGAUUGACACUUGGUUUUGUUUUACUUUGUGAAUGGAAAUAUACCACAACAGAGUAAGAUGGCUGUUGAGAAUAUGUCCAGGUCAGUGUACGAGGCGAUGUGUGACGAAAUAGGGACUCCACAACUUGUGAAAUACCUAAGAGAUAGAAGAGAAAUUUUGGAGCUGGUGUGGAAUAAAGUAGUAAAGAUUGAACAACUUAAAAUCAUGAUGAGUGGAAGUGUACGAGAGGGAUUCCGAUACAAACAUUGCGCAUCAGAUGUAGACCAGAUGAUUUGGCAAACUAACCAACGAGUGAUCUGGGAUCUUUUUCAGUCCCAGUUUUACGACACCUACGAAAACGGCCUUAUUCUUUGUGACAACUCUGAAAGUCGACCAGGUUACACUUUACUUCGGUUGCCAGUUGAAAGUGCUAGUCCUGAAGCGCUGUCUGUUUGUAUAAGGAUGAAAAGGGGGCUCUACAUAUCCAGUUCAAAAUACAGAGAGAUCAUGCUUUCAUCAUAUUCAUUUGGUUCUACAAUCCAUGGACCAUGUUGCAGUGGAACAAUUUUGAACGUUAAAUUCGAUAAUGCAAUCUGUUUUGCUAGUGACUUUUGGCCUCCUUCUGCUUUUUCAUGGAUAGACAGAUGUAACUCAUGGCCCCCAUCCGAUGUUGUCAACGACAUCGUCGAAAAUGGAUGUCACUUUGUAGCAAUAGGAAACAAACAAGGGGAAUUUACAGACAAUGAAUGGAGAAUUUCUUUCUCACAAGCUGAAUACAAACUUGUGUACUCAAUGAAUCAUUUACAAUUUCUAACCUAUGGUUUGCUGAAAAUUGUCCUAAAGGAAAUAAUUAAUAAAGGACUAAAGGAGGAAGAAAAACUUUUGUGUUCCUACCACAUAAAAACAGUUAUUUUCUGGGCAAUUCAAGAAAACACACUGCAAAACGCACUUCAUUGGUGUCCACAAAAUCUCCUCGCAAAUUUUUGGCUUUGCUUCAAACUCCUUCUUAAAUGGGUUUACGAUGGCGCCUGUCCAAACUUUUUUAUACCACAAAAUAACAUGUUUUUAAACAAUAUCCAUGGCGAAGCACAACAAUCAUUAUUCGCGCAACUGUAUGGACUGUACGAGAAGGGGAUAUCGUUGCUGCUACAAAGUCCCUCCAUCAGACCCUAUAUGGUUGAUGUCCUUUGUAAUCCCAGGCUUAUGGUUUUUACUGAUGAAGACAUCCUCAUUUCUGAGGCUGAGUUAGAUGAAGAAUAUUUUUCGAUCGUAAUUCAAUUUUUUGAUGAACUUUCGUCAUCAGACAUUCGGCAAUGCAUGAAUGCCCUGAAUAAAGAUCAGUUGACUGGUUCAUCCAUGAGCCAUUAUCAAGUUGUUAUGGUACAGAAAUGUUUAGUGUCAUUUCUUCAGUAUGUGGCUUUUGUAUUACACAACGCGUACUCUAUACAACGAGCAAACAAAAAGAUGUAUACAGCAUACAAAAUGUUUUGUCACAUACUAAAAUUGGCAGACAAGAUGGGCUAUGUUUACUUGCCAUGAAUUAUUACAUAAAAAAUCGAUGAAUAUAAUUAUACAUGUAUAGUUACGAAAUAAAUGUGUAAGAAUAAACCAAUUGACUGUAAUUUCACAUCAGAUAUUGAUCUAAAUUCUCCAAAAGCCUGCAGUUCUUCAAAUGAUAUGAACUUUUUACGUUAUCCCAGGUUACCGAUUUUGUCACUUUUCACAACAUUUAACAAAGAUACACAUACAUUUCAAAGACGUUCGAUUAAAGUGAGAUGUAAGGCAAAAAUCUUACAUUUUAAAUUUGAAUCGUAAUACAUUUUCAUCCGGACAAGAACCCAAAUAUGACCCUAAAUAUGACUGGUUUUUUAAAUUUAGAAAUAUUAAUGCAAAAUCUUCGUGGUCUUUUAUUCUUAGUUGCGUUCUUCAACUUGACUAUUGUACUUGUUGUGUAUGUUUAUGAAUGAUAAAGCAAAAUUGAAAUUUUAUCCUGAGAAAUCUUAAGACGGAGUAAAAGAAUAAACAAUGGUGUUGGUUCAAUUACUGUAAAGUUUAUGUUCUUACGCCUUUCUUUGAGAUGACUGAUGUCUUUUUUCAUUUUUAUGCUCAUUUCGAGGUGAGUCGUUGGGUCCUUACUAAAAAGUAGGAAGUGAAAUCAAAUGUUUCAACAGACGUUGUCUGUCGUGUUACAUAAAAUAACCUUUUCAGGAUACAAGUAUUAUGUCGGAUAUGGAAUUGGCGUGUCGUGUAAUUCAAUUCCUUGUUAUCCCGG